UUAUGUUAGGUUGCGCGCGCUGGAGGCCGUCGUCUGCUGCUGUAAUUCGGCUACAGUGGGAAGGAAAAUAUUGUUUAAAAUCGACUUUUCCCCACUCACGAAUAAUCCGUUUGGCUCGGAUUUUACGCUGCUCAUUCCUUACACAGAAAGCACCUCGCUAAAAGGGCAGACCGGGAAAGAGAGUCGAUUAGCGGCCCAUGCAGCCAUAACGAGCCCGCGAUACACCAUCAGACCGCUGGAGAAGAAGGUAACCCCUCGCCCCUCUUUCCUUUCCUGUUUCCUAAGCUCCUCUGUCCCCUGCCCCUCAUAAUCAGCCCAGAGACCCUCUUCCUAAAGGCCAUUUAGGAACUUUGGGUUUGUUCCUCCCCAUUCUCCCAGCCUCCAUCUGUCUCCCUAACUCCACCUGCCCAGUAGGGGGCUGACCGCUUAUUGGACACCCCAGAAACAUGUCCUCCAUCUUGCCUUUCACUCCGCCCGUGGUGAAGCGUCUGCUGGGCUGGAAGAAGUCGGCCAGCGGUUCGAGCGGAGCGGGAGGCGGCGGAGAGCAGAACGGCCAGGAGGAGAAAUGGUGCGAGAAGGCGGUUAAAAGCCUGGUGAAGAAGCUGAAGAAGACGGGCCAGCUGGACGAGCUGGAGAAAGCCAUCACCACACAGAACUGCAACACCAAGUGUGUCACCAUUCCCAGCAAUUGCUCUGAAAUUUGGGGACUGAGUACACCAAAUACGAUAGAACAGUGGGAUACCUCAGGCCUUUACAGCUACCCUGACCAAACCAGAUCUCUGGACGGCCGUCUGCAGGUGUCUCACCGCAAAGGUCUGCCUCAUGUCAUCUACUGCCGCCUGUGGCGAUGGCCCGACCUGCACAGCCACCACGAGCUGCGCGCCAUCGAGACCUGCGAGUACGCCUUCAACCUCAAGAAGGAUGAAGUCUGCGUCAACCCCUACCACUACCAGCGGGUGGAGACGCCAGUUCUUCCUCCUGUCCUUGUGCCAAGACACACGGAGAUCCUGACUGAGCUGCCUCCUCUGGACGACUACACCAACUCCAUACCGGAAAACACCAACUUCCCAACAGGGAUCGAGCCUCCUAACAAUUAUAUACCAGAAACUCCUCCACCGGGGUACAUCAGUGAGGAUGGGGAGGCCAGCGACCAGCAGAUGAAUCAAAGUAUGGACACAGGUUCUCCUGCAGAACUGUCACCGAGCACACUCUCGCCUGUCAAUCAUGGCUUGGACCUUCAGCCAGUGACUUACUCGGAGCCCGCUUUUUGGUGCUCUAUAGCUUACUAUGAACUCAACCAGCGGGUCGGAGAAACCUUCCACGCCUCUCAGCCGUCCCUCACCGUGGACGGCUUCACAGACCCCUCCAACUCCGAGCGCUUCUGCCUGGGCCUGCUGUCCAACGUCAACCGCAACGCCACUGUGGAGAUGACCCGGAGACACAUAGGACGAGGGGUCAGGCUGUAUUAUAUUGGUGGGGAAGUGUUUGCCGAAUGUCUUAGCGAUAGCGCCAUCUUUGUUCAAAGCCCUAACUGUAAUCAAAGGUAUGGCUGGCACCCUGCGACGGUCUGUAAAAUCCCUCCAGGCUGUAACCUGAAGAUCUUCAAUAACCAGGAGUUUGCGGCACUGCUGGCUCAGUCAGUGAACCAGGGCUUUGAAGCAGUAUAUCAGCUGACCAGGAUGUGCACCAUUCGCAUGAGUUUCGUCAAAGGCUGGGGAGCUGAGUACAGACGACAGACGGUGACGAGCACCCCCUGCUGGAUCGAGCUUCACCUGAAUGGCCCCCUGCAGUGGCUGGACAAGGUCCUGACCCAGAUGGGCUCGCCCUCCGUACGCUGUUCCAGUAUGUCCUAAUCACCUUGACCAAGCUCUCUGUCCUCUGCCCCCAAAAUGACUGAUUCUACAAUCACAUCAACCGACAACUCAAAGACUUUAACCCCGCCCCCUCUUUCUCUUUCAUAGUAAUCGUGAGCCUUUCUCUAUCUCUGUCCUCCUGACACUGAUGUUCUCUCCAUUCGGACCUGAAUUCAGCACUUGCUGUCUCAUCAGCUUCAUGCACCUUUAAUUCUCUCUUUUGUUUUCUUUCAUAAACCCUCAAUAUUAAAUGUAUUGGUAGUAGAAUUUGAAAUGUAUAUUGGUUUUUAUUUUAUUUUCAUGGUUUUCGAGAAGGAGGGAAGGUGCGUAUAUUGUGUGGAAGUUCAAGAAGGCAGUAAAUAACUUCACACACUUGUAGCGGCAAUACUUUUCUCCCCCUGAUGAAGUAAAUACUCUGAAACUCUUUUAACGAUUAAUUUUCCUGGAUGCCGAUCCCAAUCCCGUCAUUCAAGGAGGUUACUUUUUCUGGCAAAAAGUUGCGUUAUUUGUUUUUAUACACUGUGUUAUUGUGUAGAUUGACACCUUGAGACUUAAUCAUGGAUUUUGAUUUUUUUUUUUUUCGAUUUCUUUCCCCAAACCACUAUAUAAGAAUGUUGCCUUUGAUUUGAGGUAUGCUGCUGUAAGUCAUGCUUCUUUUCUUCAAACUUAUAGAAUGUUUAACACACACACACACACACAAAAAAUAGCCCUCGUUCAAUUCGAAGUUUACGCUGCCCCUCAGAAUUAACUUUUUAUUCACUGGGUGAAAUAUUCAUUAGUUAGCUGUGGAGUGGUUUUAGAGUCUUGUUUCUUCAGAAAGUUGCUUCAUUUAGGGAUGAACUAAGACUUUUGAAGGUUAUUAAAACGUCUCGCACAGUCCAGAUCUUUAAAAUAAAAACGACAAAAGAAUAAAAAACAAAUCCAAGUAUUGAAGCUUUAAGUGUUAAUAAACUAGGUUAUCCUUCACACAAUUCCAAGAUUUUUUUCCCCUUAUCUUUCUUUUAGCUACUUUUUGUAUUUUCAUGUAUUUUUAUAUAUAAAUAUAUUUAAGAUCUUUAAAGCUCUCUUCCUUUUUAUUAGAAUUGAAUAUUUUUUUAGAUCAUGCCCUCUUUUUAAAGGAACAUGGCUUCAUAAUGAGAUGUCCUAUCAUACGAAAACGUUAUUUAGCAUGGAAUUUUUAUAAGUGCAGAUAUCUUUUCUCCUCUUUCUCUGCUUUCUAGUUCAAGCUGUUGUCCCGGUCAACGUUUAGCCUUGAUCUCGAACCCCCCUGAAAUACAUCUGACUUUCGUUUUCUUUUAGUUGCUUUCCUCCCAUGUUCACAACACAAGACUGUAUAACCCACCGGCCUCGAAGUACGGUUACGUGAAGGGGAAGCUCAUCCUGCGGGUUCUAUUUGUUUGCAAUUGGGGAAUAAAUAAGACUAAACAGGUUGCUUUUACAGGGAGAACUGUGCAACUUUAGUUAGUGUGCUCGUUGUACAACUUUUGCUAAUGACUGUGAUAUAGCUGUCUGUUAUUCUUUACUUGUUGUGGCAGUGACCAGGCGUUGCAAAUAUCCAUUCCCCUCUUCCCACCUCUGUCUCCAUAUUUUCCUUCAUUGAUCUUAACUACUCUUGCGAUUUGUACUUUUAAGUGCAUCAAGUAAAAUGCUGAUGAAGAUGUGGUGGCCCGUUUUUAAAGCUGAUUAAGACACUGGGAACAAUCUUUUUGCCAUUUUUGACUGGGUGUGGAAAGAAAACCAAAUAGAACUGAAAGUGGACCAGACAUAUAUGCAUAUAAAUGUGUGUGUAUAAUUUUAUUUUCCUUUUUUUUUUUUCUCUCUCUCUCUCUCUCUCUCUCCUAUUUUGCAAGCAUUUAACAGUUGGUGAGCUUGUUUUACCAUUAGAGAGAUGUAUUGGUAGGACGUGAACUUCAGGCGAUAAGCUUUUCAGGCGUGUUGCAUAUGCAGACUUCAUGAAUACACUAAUAAAAAGUUUUAAUUCUCAUGUUAA